UUUUUUUUUAUUGUGUGUUUUUGUGUUUUUUUGUUGGUUUUUUUUUUUUACUUUGUUGCUCACUGUUUUUCUGACCUAGACACGAAGCAACUGCCAAAACGUGUUCUCGCUCUGUCUCGCUCUCUCUGCCACACCGAUUGUAGAACAAACGAAACUCUGAUCCCCACACCACCAUGGAGCUUCGCGUCGGCAAUAACAACAACGAGUACCGCCUCGUGCGGAAGAUUGGCUCGGGCUCGUUUGGCGACAUUUACCUCGGCACCUCCAUCACAACCGGCGAGGACGUGGCGAUCAAGCUCGAACCCCUCAAGGCCCGGCAUCCCCAACUGCUCUAUGAAACGCGCUUGUACAAAAUUCUGCAAGGUGGCACAGGCAUUCCGCACGUCCGCUGGUAUGGUGUCGAAGGCGAUUACAAUGUCAUGGUGAUUGAUUUGUUGGGCCCAAGUUUGGAAGACCUGUUCAACUUUUGCAACCGGCGCUUCACGCUCAAGACGGUUCUGAUGCUUGCCGAGCAAAUGUUGACACGGCUCGAGUACGUGCAUAGCAAGCACUUUAUCCACCGCGAUGUCAAGCCAGACAACUUUUUGAUGGGCGUGGGCAAAAAGUGCCACCAGGUCUACGUUAUUGAUUUUGGCCUGGCCAAGAAAUUCCGUGAUCCAAAGACCAAGCAGCACAUUCCGUACCGCGAGGACAAGAACCUGACUGGCACUGCACGCUACGCAUCGAUCAACGCACAUCUGGGCAUUGAGCAAAGCCGCCGCGACGAUAUCGAGUCGCUCGGCUACGUGCUCAUGUACUUUAACCGAGGAACUUUGCCCUGGCAAGGCUUGAAAGCAGCCAACAAGAAGCAAAAAUACGACAAAAUCUCGGAGAAGAAAAUGUCGACACCAAUCGAUGUGCUCUGCCGAGGAUAUCCGAUCGAAUUCCAACAGUACAUUGCCUACGCGCGCAACCUUCGCUUUGAGGAACAGCCCGACUACUCGUACCUGCGCAACCUCUUCCGCACUCUGUUCCAGAAGGAAAAGUACGCCAACGACUUUGUCUUUGACUGGAUUUACGUGCUGCGACAAAAGCAAAUCCAAAAGGAGGCGGAGGCCAAGGCCGCCCUCGCUGCCCAGCAAAGCCUGCAAGCAACGGGCACGAUGACCUCCCCAGACCAGCUUGCCGCCAUGCAACAGCACUAUGCACAGCAAAUGCAGCAGCAACAACAACUACAGCAUCAGCAGCUCUUGCUGCAGCAGCAACAACAGCAACAGCAGGCGACCUCUGCCGCCAUGGCUGCCGCUGCCGCCUUGCAGCAAACAGGCAUCAGCACCGCAGUAGCCCCAUCACCAGGGCACACGGGUCUACGGGAAAAUCCCGCGCUUGGAGCACACUCGUCCACGAACACUAGCAUGGCCGUCAUGCCACCGUCACAAGCCCCGUCAGUCAUGUCGCCCCAGCGCCCACCUCACAUGUAAACCCACCCCCUUUUCUUGGUUCUGUUCAUUUUAUAUUCCCCUGUUCCACAUAACUUUUUUGUUUCCUUCAUUGUAUCCGCCUUGGUGCUAUGCUUGGCUGUUUGGUUUUUUCUUUUUGUCCUGUUCUGUCCUGUUCUGUUGUGUGCGAUUUUUGUCCCCCUUUUUUCGUGUGAGUGUGUUUGUGGUGUCCUCUUUGCUCUUUUGAUGUAGUUCUUUUGCUCCCGCUGUUGUCGUCGUCCUGCCUUCGCGCUGUUGCAUUUUUUUUUUCCGACCUGCCUUUGUUGUUUCACGAG